UCUCAACAUUAAGUUAAUCUUUCAUCCAGCUUCAUAAGUUGAACCGUAGUAAAUAUAAAAGUUUGAAAACACUUUCUUUAUUAUCAAUUUUGAAGCAUAUGUUAGCAAAACAACACUUAAUUCCAAAUAGUCAAAACACCACGAUUUUUCAAUCUAAAGGUACCUGACCACUUUUCCCAAAAUUUAAAAAAUAUUCUUAGCCCAUUCGUAAAUGUUUGUCAAUGGUUUCAGUGAACCCAUGGUACAUGGACCUUUCGGAGAUGCCUAUGGACAACAAUCACCAACAGACAACGACGUGGCAGCAGAACCAGUACAUGGCUGUCUCUGGUAUUCAGUCUACAGCUCAGGCGCCGUCCCUGAGCGUGAAGAGCCACGUGGAUGACCUUGAUGGGCCAGACCACAACAAGGACAACGGGCGCAUAAUGUUUAACUGGAACCACCAGGGCAUGGGGGCAGAGCUUUACACAGGAAACGGUUGUCGAUGAGUUUUUCUCUAAUCAGUGGACUUAUGCCGAGAACCAAAAAUCAUAAUCUUUACAUU